AUGCUAGACACUGUUAUCACGCCCAGUAUCACAAUUGACCAUCUUGGUGUUGCCAAGCUUAUCGACUGUACCCGUUCUUCAUCAUCACCCGGUUUGGACAACAUUAGCCCCAAAGUACUCAAGAAUACGUCACCAACAUCUAGUCGGAUUUUGUCUCUCAUCUUCAAUCAGUCCCUUCUAACCGUUGAAUUUCUUGUCUUGUCGUCUUGCUGCCACGACGUAAUCUUGGGCUGGGACUUCCUGCGUGACAAUCUCGCUGUCAUAGACUGUGCUCGUGAGGAGGUCCUUCUCAGUCCCGUGCCGUGCUUUGACUCCGAGCCCACCGUUCCGCCUUCUUGCAACGGCUUGGGCGGUGGAAGUAGACUCGUCAUGACAGGAGCCACCGGCGCGGUGGACGUAGGAGUGGAGCUCGGUUCUUCAACCCGCGAUGAACCUGAUGCGUUCUCCAUGACGUGUAUGUUCGAAAGGCGCUGCCACCAUGUGAAACGUGUCAUACACGGCCAGCGACUUGAAUCCAAAAGGCAACUUUAUUGUCGUCAUCCACGGCUUCAAUACCGCCGGCAUCGUCGUCGUCGUUAUCACACUAUUACUCUGCUGACAGCUAUCUGCUCCUGCUGCCCUCAUCCUCGCUCCGUCACGUUCGCGCCUCUUACUCCGACCCUGUCGUUGUCUUCCCGCGCAUCGUACAGCAUCAUUGUGUCACCCAACGUUCACGCACUAGCUUCCAAAGGACUUGCUGCUCCAUCCUGCCUCACCUCGCUCACAGACGGUCGAACAUACAUUCCCAUAACCAACACCGCUGACGUGGCUGCUCUCCUACCCGCUGGCUUCGUCGUCGCCACAGCCGAGGACUGUGACCCCAUCGAUGUUCUUGCUCCCCUCAACGUUACGCCGGAACCCGCUCGCUUGCACACUCCUGUCAAUCCUACUUCCCUGACCACGAUGAUCGCUUCUACUCUUUCCUCUGACGACCGCGCAUCCCUCAUUUCACUAUUAACGACGUAUUCCCACCUCUUCGAUCUUGGCAAGCCACCCUUGGGAGUCGCAAAAGGAGUGCAUCACCGCAUCGACACAGGCACCUCCCCUCCCGUCCGUCAGCGCCCGUACAGAGUUUCUGCGUCAGAGCGCGCAGUCAUAGAGAAGGAGGUGUCAGACAUGCUUUCUCGGGGCAUUAUUCAGCCCUCAUCCAGCCCUUGGGCGUCGCCUGUUGUCUUAGUAACGAAAAAGGACGGCAGCAUACGGUUCUGCGUUGAUUAUCGUCGGCUGAACAAGAUAACACGUCGCGACGUCUACCCCAUGCCCCGGAUUGAUGAUGCCCUGGAUGCCCUCAGUGAUGCUAAUUUCUUUUCUUCUCUGGACUUGCGCUCGGGAUACUGGCAAAUCCCUAUGGCGGACAGUGAUAUCGAAAAAACGGCAUUCACUACACCGGAUGGCUUAUAUGAAUUUAAGGUAAUGCCCUUCGGACUCACCAACGCACCUGCGACUUUCGAGCGCCUCAUGGAUACUGUUCUGCGUGGCCUUCGAUGGCAUGUUUGCCUUUGCUAUUUGGAUGAUGUCAUCGUGUACUCUCAGACAUUUCCUCAACAUUUGGACCGGCUACGGGCCGUUUUCGACUGCUUCGCCGCUGCUGGCCUGCAAUUAAAUCACAAGAAGUGCCACUUUGGCUAUCGGCAGAUCAAAGUGUUGGGCCACAUCGUUUCCGCUCAGGGCAUCUCACCCGACCCCGACAAGGUACGCGCCGUGGACGACUUCCCCACUCCAACGAACAUACGAGAUUUGCGCAGUUUCAUUGGACUAUGUUCGUGGUACACUCAAACGACCACUGCGAGUAACGUAUCCACCUCGACUCCGCGCUACAUCUCUGCAGAGUUCCGUAUCUGUGUGCGCAACAGACGCUGGUUCCUGAUGCACAACACGUUGUUCAUCUUCAACUUGUUCGUUUGA